GGUGAAGUGAGGCGACGCGGGCGGCCGGAGCCUCUGGACUCCGACGCCCGAGGGUGGCGAGAGGGAGGCCGAGCUGAAGGAUGUGUGGGCGCACRUCCUGUCACUUACCUAGAGAUGUCCUCACGAGAGCUUGUGCCUAUCACGAUCGACAGGGCCAGCAGCGACUCCCAGAGUGGAGAGACCCCGAGAAGUACUACCCCUCUUACAACAAGAGCCCCCAGUCCAGCAGCCCCGUGCUGCUGUCUCGGCUGCACUUGGAGAAGGGCGCAGACUCAUCAGAGCGGGUCAUUGCCCCCAUGCGAUGGGGCCUGGUCCCAUGUUGGUUCAAAGAAGCCGAUCUUUCCAAGAUGCCCUUCAACAUCACCAACUGUCGCAGCGACACCAUCUUGGAGAAACGGUCCUUCAAGGUGCCUCUGGGAAAGGGACGGCGCUGUGUGGUCCUAGCAGAUGGAUUCUACGAAUGGCAGCGGAGCCAAGUGACAAGCCAGAGUCAGCCCUACUUCAUCUAUUUCCCCCAGGUCAAGACCGAGAAGGUAUCGGCCACAGCGGGCUCUGGGAAGGAAGGGACCCGGAAACAAGUCAGGGUCAUUGAUUUAGUCAGCUUUUCUGCUGCUGUGACUCAGGGACCCUGCAGCACCACUGCAGAGGGGGACAGUGGAUGUGGGGCCCAGGGUGUCCACAGACGGAUGCCCGCCAUCUUGGAUGGAGAGGAGGCUGUGUCCAAAUGGCUCGACUUUGGGGAGGUGUCUACCCAGGAAGCCCUGAAGCUGAUCCACCCCACAGAGAACAUCACCUUCCACCCCGUCUCCUCUGUGGUGAACAACUCCCGCAACGACACGCCCGAGUGUGUCACACCUCUCAGCCUUGUGGUCAGAAAGGAACCCAAGGCAAGUGGCAGCAGCCAGAUGAUGAUGCAGUGGCUGGCCACCAAGUCCCCCAAAAAGGAGGAACCCAGGUCACCCCAAAAGGACAAGUCCGAUGUUCCGCAGUGGACCAGCCAGUUCCUGCAGAGGAGUCCACCCCCCGCCAAGAGAGCGGCCCCCGGCCUCCUGGACCGAUGGCUGAAGAGGGACAAGGAGGAACCGGCGGCCAAGCGGCCUCACUGCCAAUAGCGGCCUCCAGAGAGGCCCAGGUGAGGUCCUAGUGGAGGCCGCUGCUCAGGCUCAGGGAGGCUCCUUGCAUUCUGCAUACGGCCCCCGGUUAGGCUGGCCACUGUGGGCUCCCGGGCAGAUGGGCCACCCUGGCCUUGGCGGUGGUCCCCCUGCCGCAGCGCAGGGCUGCUGGGAAUGAGGGGGACCCGUUGCUCCAGGCUCUUCCCAGCCGCCGGGUGCUGUUAAAAUUAUGUUCCUAAAGUUUAUUUUUUUCCUGAAUAAAUUAUAUUUGA